UGAUUCUAUGAUUCAUUUCUAAACAUUUUAGUUUAUUUUUAUUUGCAAAAAUUCGUGUCUAACUCAUUCGUUUCGGAUAAUAAUAUACUUUCAGAAAUAAAUCAGAAUAAUGGCUUUGUAUCCGUCAUUGGAAGACAUGAAGGUGGAUAAUAUGCUUAGGGCUCAACUGAGUCAGGAGUCUAUGCAGCCAUCGUGUGGGGCGUACCCACCCGUAGUAUCUCGUGCUCCUGUAGCAAACCCGCCUGCUCACCACAUGUAUCCAGCCCUUGGAGAUUAUAUGGGUCUUGAGCUAUCAUCUAAUGUGAUUGCUCUCAACAUGCCUGAAUAUCAGUUACAACCAGUCCAAUCCAGUGGUGGAGUUGCAAAUUUGAUAGCACCAAUCUCAUCUCAGUCACUGACAAUACAAAAAGCAACAGUCACACAGGCUAUCAGACAAGUGGUGCUCUGCAAAGACAAAGAUGGUAGAUGUGGUUUGAGACUUCAUUCAGUCAAUAAUGGAAUCUUUGUGUGUCACGUUGCCACGGGCAGUCCAGCAGCAUUAGCUGGCCUGAGAUUCGGAGAUCAAGUGUUGGAAAUCAAUAAUGUUACAGUUGCUGGCAUGUCAAUGGAUAAGUGUCAUGGUUUAUUAAAGAAGGCCCCAGUUAAUGGCAUUACAAUGGCUAUCCGUGAUAGGCCCUUUGAGAGGACUGUGACACUUCAUAAGGAUUCCCUUGGUCAUGUCGGUUUUCAGUUCAAGAAUGGGAAAAUUAUUGGAUUAGUUAAAGACUCUUCUGCUGCUCGCAAUGGUUUACUGACUGAGCACCAAAUACUGGAAAUUAACACGAUAAAUGUUGUAGGCAUGAAAGAUAAGGAAGUUUCUAGAGUAAUUGACGCCAGUCCAUCCAUUGUAAAUGUUACUGUUAUACCAACAUUCAUAUACGACCACAUGAUAAGCAAAAUGUCCACAUCACUGUUUAAGGAACAGGAUCGUACACCUGCAGUAUAGACAUUAAUAAAAUAUGCAUCCAGUAACAUGGUUGUAGCAAUUAUAUAUUUUUACUACACAUAAUUGUCACUUUUAUAUUGAUUAUUAUAUAGAUGCACUGAAUUUUAUUAUAGUAAGAUUUUUAGAAUUUUAUACUAUUACAUAUGUUAUUAAUUUAGGUUCAUGUUACACGUAAAUGUACCUUAGUCAGUAAGGGCUGUGAAAGAUGAAAUGUAAAACUGAUAUGUCACGACCAAAAAUACAAAUUCUGCCAUUGUAGGGUGCCAAACUGUAUGGCCAUAAAAUUGAGGGAAAGCAGGAGAUCCUAUAGAGAGAUAGUAAUGCUGUAAGGAAUAAAUUCUCCAGUAUUAUAGUAUUAUAAUAAUGGACAAUUUAUUAUGUGUAUGUUAUUAUUAUAUUAUAGUUUUAGGUUUUUAUGUUAAUUUCUAUUUACUCUUAUCUUAUGACCCCUGAGAAUGUAUCAAUAUAGUGGUUAUUAAAGUCUCUUAAUUACUAUAUUUUUUCAUACUGUAGAGAAUAAUAUUAACUAGUAUUAAGAAAUAAAUGUUUUUAUAUUUGCACCUUAUAAGUUAAAUACCCAUUUGUAGUAAUCAGCAACUUUCAAUUAAAUAACAUAAUAUAUAUAUAUUCUAUACAACUAGUUAUAAACAACAGUUACUUUAGUUUAUAUUACACUGCUGUGAGUAUGCAAUAAGACAAUUAAUUUUAUAUAUUUUGCAAUCGGCCCUUUAGACCAUUGUUUACAGACAUACAAGUGUAGCUUUCCUGCCUAUAUGAUAAACCGAUAUAGUAAUUAUGUAUUAUAUCAUAUAUAUAUAUAU